AUGCAUAUGGAAGUGGUCGAGAGAGUUAAUUCGGCGGCGCGUGUGGGAGUUGAGAAAAUGGGCGAGGAGGAAGCAAGUAAAGGAGAAGAGACGGUGGAGGAGAUACGACGGAUGAGUGGUUACGGCGGAGAUGUAAUAGCCGUCGGUGGGUUUCCGGCUCCGGAGACAGAGUGUAGCUAUGAAUCGGAAUCUGAUUCGGAUUUGGCGGCGGCGGAGAUUAUGAUUGUAUGGGGUAUUCAAGGUCCGACUUCUUUUGCUCCCAACGCCUUAGUUUCUCAGUCUUCUCUUGAGCUCCGUCUUGACGCUUGUGGCCACUCACUCUCUAUUCUCCAGUCUCCUUGUUCACUGAGCACGCCUGGAGUAACCGGGUCAGUGAUGUGGGACAGUGGAGUGGUGCUUGGAAAGUUCUUAGAACAUUCUGUUGAUUCCAAGGAUCUUUCUCUUGACGGCAAGAAAAUCGUUGAGUUGGGUUCUGGUUGUGGUUUAGUUGGUUGUAUUGCAGCACUUUUGGGAGGCAGUGUUGUCCUCACUGAUCUUCCAGAUAGACUGAGGCUACUCAAGAAGAACAUUCAAACGAAUCUGCACCGUGGGAACACGCGAGGAUCUGCCGCCGUGGAGGAGCUUGUUUGGGGAGAUGACCCGGAUCCAGAUUUAAUUGAACCGUUCCCUGAUUACGGCUCGGAUGUUAUAUACAGCGAAGAAGCUGUUCACCAUUUGAUCAAAACGCUUCUGCAACUUUGCGGCGACCAAACUACAAUCUUCCUAGCUGGAGAGCUACGGAAUGAUGCUGUUCUUGAGUAUUUCUUAGAAUCUGCGCUGAAAGAUUUUGCGAUCGGGCGUGUGGAGCAAACGCAAUGGCAUCCGGAUUAUCGCAGCCGUAGGGUGGUGCUUUACGUUCUUGAGAAGAAGUCGAAGAGAGGACUCGCUGAUCACUCUUCGCUUAAUCAAUCUUGUUAG